GUAAUAAACACGUGACUUGUGCAUGCGCGUGGGCGCCAUAUUAAAUUUUCUGGGAAAGGAGGAAAGAACGUUGACCCAGCGAAUAUAUUGGACCAAGCAAACAUCUCAAGAAAAAUCUAUAUAGUUUUAUCAACAGACACAUAAUUAUGUCUCGAUAUAGGGACAGCAACCUGGAAGGAAAGAUUUAUGUUGGUGACCUGAGUCGUGAUGCUUGUGAAAAAGACUUGGAGAGAGCAUUUGAGUAUUAUGGCAGACUGAGAAAUGUUUGGGUUGCACGGAAUCCAGCAGGAUUUGCCUUUGUAGAAUAUGAAGACCCAAGAGAUGCUGAUGAUGCAGUUCGGGGCAUGGAUGGAACCACAAUUUGUGGUUCAAGAGUCAGAGUAGAACAUUCUACAGGUAAAGUACGGCCUAAACCUUGGCUCCGAGGGGGAAGACCCCCCAGAUCAGGGGGCCGUCGUCCAUUUCACCCAGAUGACAAGUGCUAUGAAUGUGGAGGAAGAGGACACUAUGCAUACGACUGCACAAGAAGGGGACGGUCCCACAGAAGUUCCAAAAGAUCAAGGUCCAGAUCCAGAUCUCGAUCCAGAUCACCAAGAAGACGCAGUUACUCCAGGUCACGCAGCAGGAGUGGCAGCCGACCCAGGUACCACACCCGGAGUAGAACCAAGAGCAGGUCCUCCUCCCCACCCAGAAGACGAACUAGAAGUAUGAGCAGAGAAGGAAGUUCAAAGCAUGAUGACCAUUAGAAGUCCAAACAAUGACAUUUUGUAUAUCAUUUUCAUUUAUGACACAUCAUUAUUUUUGGCAAUCAUUAUAAAUAUUAAUGUUAAAGUGAGGAGAAAUUGUUUCAUUAACAUGAUUCAAUUUUGUUUUUAAAUCCAUGGACAUAGCUAUGAUUAUGUUGAAAGUACAUCACAAAUAAAUGUGCAUCAUGACAACUUUUUGGUGUUUACUUGAUCACAGAAUUUAUGUUGUUUGUUGUUUUAAGAUGUAUGCAUUUCUGUUAAUAUUGGACAUAUUCACACCUUCAAAUUUUAUUUAGGACAUAAAGUGUGAUCAAGUUGAUAAGCGAUUUUGAAAGAACAUGAUGUUUUAUACUUUAAUGUGCAAGAUGCAAGUAAUGUUAUAGAUGAGAAGGUUGAAAAAGAAAGAAAAAGGAAAUGCAGUGAGAUAGAGUUUGUAUAUUUUCACUUGUGUAUUUUUUUCAAUGUAAUUGAAUAAAAAAGUGUAAAUAGUAUUAAAAUGUGUUGAACAUUUAACAAA